UGACCCCCCCCAACAUGUCAAAAGAGCCAAAAAAAGAGAUUUCUUCUGGGUGUGUAACCGUUUUUGGCUUUCAUAUUUGCCUCGCUUUUGGGGGGAGGGAAGAAUAAAAAAGAAAACACUUGCUUUAGUCUAUUUUUUUUCAUUUAUUUUUCUUAAUCAUAUACUUCUUCUUUCUCUUCUUUAUUUUCAUCUUUAUGCCUCCCUACUCGUAUCCAAUCACGUUUGAAGAAAUCGAAGCCAAAGAAUGGGCAUCCAAUACUGUCCAAGGUAUCCUCACAGACAUAUCGCCCGUCUCAUUUGAAUCGGGGUUUACUAGCUUAGAGGUAAUUCAUGAAGAUAGCAUACAAGGUCAAGAGAAAGAAAGCCACAAAAAGUCAUUAAAACGAAUGAGCACCCUUCGACGGUCAUUCUCUUUUCUUGAGAGCAGCCUCUUUCGAAAUAAUAACAACAGCGAACAGCGUAAAUCCAGUCGAUCUCAAAGCACGAUUCUAACCGACUAUCAAUUGCUUUCUACUCACUCGGCACCAACAACGCCCCGAAAGCUAUCACCACAAUCAUCCAUAUCCAGCCGUAUUCGUCAUACAUGGCAUGUGGACCGUGCGACGGUGAAGCAGCUAUUAUCUCACACGCCAGAUCUCUUUAGUACCCUAAGUGCCUACACACACAAAAUCUCGAAUAAAGAACGAAGGGGAAUGGCUAUCUGGAGGAGUACAUACGCUGCAUAUAUUGUUGAACCACCUCCUUCCUUAAGAUUCAAGGUAACACAUCUGGAUGCUCAUUCGCUCGAUUGUUAAUGUUUUUUAUAAAAAUAGCCCAAACCUGUCACUAAACGGUCAAUUCAACUAUCCAAAUUUAUUAUGGCUGAGCUGUUGACAACAGAAGAAA